AUGGCACGCGCGGCCGUUCUCCCACCGUCCCCCGCCAAACGGGGAGCUCGGGCAGCGCCUCGAACGACAUUGAACAAAACGGCCAAAGCAAAAACUGCAGAAGUCAGGAAACGAGCCCCCGUCAAAGCGACCGCGCCGCAAUAUGACUCGGACGACACAGAUGAUGAGCUAGGAAUGAUGAUGAAGGAGCCAGCGCAGGUCGCUCGCCCGCAAGGUAGACCUGCACGCUCUGCGACUGGAGCCACUGCUGCAUCCAGAGGAAGGAACGUGACACCGGCUGCUUCCGAACAACCUCAUGCCCAAGCGACAAGCAAUGUCGAGCCGAAGAAACGCGUUGGAAGACCGAAGAAAACCCAGGUAGAUCCCCCCGCCAAGGUUGAGAGCGCUCCCAAGCCGCGGGGCCGACCAAAGGCGGCCACAACCAAGGCCACUACAACGACGCGUAAGACGACCCGAGCAGUGGCCGAGGCUCAGGCGUCCGUUGAGGACACAGGCACCAAGAACAUUCUCAUUGCGACCAAUUCAACAACCAUGCGUUCCAACCUACUGCGUGGCCCUGCAAAGAAGAAGACCGUCACUUUUGAAGAUGUAUCGGAUUCUGAGGAGGAUGUCGAAGAGCCAGCAGCGCCCGUAGGACGCAAGAAGGCUUCUGCAAAGGGGGCUGCGGGCAAGGCUGGUCUGAGAGCUACACCGAUGCGCAAAGCCAUAGCAACUGGCCGUGGGCGCAAGCCUGCAGCCAAGAAGAAUGCCACAAAACCGCUGUCACCUAAGAAGGAUAAACAGGUGGCCAAGUCGCUUUCGGCUUAUGCCAGCUCUGAUGGCGAAGAGGAUGAAUUGAGCGCAGUCAAGGACAAUAUCAAGAGUCCCGUCAAGCUGAUCAUUCAUUCCCCUGUCAAGCAUGCAUCGGAACCCGCCAACCUGAGCUCCCCUGUGCGCAAAAUCAAUUUCACCCCUAAGAAAGCUUCAAGUCUCAUCGACGAGAAUGGUGAACCAAAGCUCCCUACACCAAAACACGGAUCAUCAACAACUGGUUUAAGCUCACCAGUCCGAAAAAUCAACUUCACUCCCAACCGCAGUCAACACACCGUCACAGACAAUGACCACCUGGCGCUUCCGCCUGGAAAGGCUAUGGAAUUCAGCGAUUCAGUUUUCAUGUCCAGCCCUGCUCGACGACCAGAGCAGUCGUCACCAUUCCGAUUCUCAUUCAGAAACACACCGAACCGCGGUUCUCUGUUCCGUGAUGAUUCGGACACUGCCCCUACUUUUGACCUAUCCCAUGGCGCAUCCUCACCUCUGAAGAUGUCCGCACGAAAGGGCCUCUUCCGUGAUGUAUCAGACACUGCGCCAGCCUUUGAUCUCUCUCACAGACCACCCUCCCCUCUGAGGAUGUCCCCACGAAAGGCUCAUUUGGGUGCCUCUUUUUCCCAAUUGCCAAGCAAGACCACGACUCCGUCGUUUCCUGCUCGCUCCUCUUUCAUCCAAAGCCCUGCUAAAAGAAUUCCCUCCCCUUUCAAAGGCUCUAUUUUCUCUGCUGAAUCCUCCGUGAACGAGUCGACCACACCAUCUGGCGAUAGCACCGUCAGAGCGCCUCUCUUUAGCUCAACCAACAAGCGCCUGUCUUCCUACCAAGAAGAAGAAGAGCCGGUUGUAGACGAGGAUCUUGAGAUGGUGGAGGAGGUUGCUCGUGAUAUCUUUGGCAUUGAGUUGCAAUCUUCAAGCAGAACUCCAACGCAGUCUCCCUCACCUCAACAAGUUCUUGAUACCGAGAAAAUACCUGAACCACAAGUAGAAGAAGCUGAGGAUGUCGAGUCUGUGAUAAGUGACGCGGAGGAGGUGGAUAUUGACGAGAAGAUCGAAGAGCUGCAGGAGGAAAUUCGUCGCGAGCCAGAUGACUUCGGAACCAUAUGCUUCAACACCAUGGAAGACCUGCAGGAGUCCUUUAGGAAUCUUCCCACAGAGGAUAUCACUGAGCCUAAUGCCUAUUCUGAUAUCGACUCGGUCCAUGAGGACGAGAGCGACGGGGACGAUGAAUUGGCAGACGAUUUUGUGGAACAAUCUUUUGAACCCAUCCUUGAGCUAGCUCCUUCACCUGCAAAUGAAGUUGAGUAUUCGGUUCGUGGUAACUCCUCGGAGUCACCACUUGAUUUGGCUAUCUUCCAGGACUCUGCCCUCCAACAGCCUGAAUCCCCGACACCCGUUCGAAACUACGAAGUUGAGAGCAUUGAAGAUGAUUAUGAAGAAAACGAUGUUGAAGAAUCUGGCAGCGUUGUACACAGCACAUAUGAGGAACAAGAAGCUGAAAGCGAAGAGGAUGAAGUAGUUGAUGAUGAGCCCACUGCUAUACCAUCUGAAGCGACUCUUGCAGUCCCCCCACCUCAAUCACCGUACGAAAUGAGGAACCGCGAAGAAAGCCCACUUUCCAGGAUGGGAUCGGCUACUCCGCGGGCAUCGACUCCAGCACGCCAGGCUACUCCUUUGUCUCUGCUGGAAAGUGCCACUUCUCGCACCCCAUUUUUCGAGAUCAACAACACCCAUGAGCGUAUGGAUAUAGUGAACAGCCCCAUGGAAACAACCCAAUCGGAAAUUCCUACUCCCGCUCCACUGAGCUUCUCUGGUUCGCCGAGUGUUCGAAGGCGACGAUCUGGCUUCAACGUUAACCUGGGCUUCACGCCACUAGCAAGCAAGCUCGGCCGCUGGGAAACCAAUACUCCAUCCCAGGAGAGACCAGCACGUCCACGUCGCCGAGGUGUGUUUUCUCUUGUUGGCCCGUUGGAACGAUCUGCCCAGCCCCACAUUCCGGACGAAGGCGAUAUUCCAUACCCUGAUCUCUCGCGUCGCUCUCUUGCAACUACGCCGCGUCUUUUCUCGGAGCUGCCUCUACGAGACUAUAACGAAGAUAGUUUCUUGACAUCUGGACCUCACUCGCCUGAAAAGUCUUCUUCCGCUCAGGAAGACGAUGAAAUGAUUAAUUCACCCAGUAGAAGUGAUAUUUUCGAAGACCUUGAGCCCAUCAUCCCUGAGCAUCUUCGCCCUCGUGAGAGCCUGCCCAAUAAGUCAAUUGAUGAUCACAAACAAAACUUUUCGGAAGAGGACAAAGAAAAUCUGCCAGCCCCUUCCCUCCUGCCAGCCACCCCGAUGAAAGCGGUUCCCGAGCACCUUCGCACCUUCCACACGGUGUCUAAGGUGCCUUUGAAAGGAGAGGGAGAGGCUUCUCCUUUGAAAAUUCCUCGCAAGCGCGGUCUUUCACUCUCUAACACAUCCCCCUCCCGAUCCUCGUCACGGAUUCGAAACUCCAUCUUCCCCCCUCGCAAAAACAGCGCCCCCGACCUUUCCCCUAGAAAGGAGAUCCAGGUCCCCCGAAGCCCCAGUCCGAAACGUCGUUGCAGCGAAGCUCGGCGAUCUAGCGCAAGAGUUUCAUCUAUGGCUCCGCCAAGAAGUCCUUCCGUCGUGAGCAGUCCCGGCCAGACUCCUCGUCGGAAAGCAAGCCCCAAAAAGCAAGCCCUUCGUGGCGCAGUGGUGUACGUCGAUGUUCAUACUACUGAAGGUGAAGAUGCCUCUGGUAUCUUCAUUGAGCUUUUGCAACAGAUGGGUGCCCGUUGCUUUAAGUCGUGGUCUUGGAACCCCAGGACUAGCAUGUCCCCUGUUGAUGGAGUAGACCCCAGCCACUCGGUGGCCAAGGUUGGCAUCACUCAUGUGGUCUAUAAGGAUGGUGGUCUUCGAACUUUGGAGAAGGUCAAGCAAGCCGCCGGCCUGGUGAAGUGCGUGGGCGUUGGUUGGGUUCUUGACUGCGAGCGAGAAGGCAAAUGGGUCGACGAGACCCCCUACGCCAUCGACCGGUCCAUUAUCCCCCGAGGUGGUGCUAAACGUCGCAAGAGCAUGGAGCCCCGUGCGUUGAGCAACGUCAACGGCACGCUUGUUCGAGUCGCCGAGCCUUCAACACCCUCUGCUAGCGGACGUCGCUGCGGUGCCGACCGUGGUGCCAUCGAAGGCUUCCGCAAGAUAACACCCCCAACUCCCGUCGUUGAACCAUCUACGCCCACUCAACAGUCUUACCGCUCCCACGUCCCACAAACACCGGGCUACAACUUCUCCAACCUGGAUGCCAUUGGCAUGUCUCCAGCCACCCCAUACUUCCUCUCCAACCGCACCAAACUGGUCCAGCAAUCGUGUCCACCAAAGCAGAGUGGCCGUGGCUUGUUCCCAGAGAGCAAGCCGGCACUGAGUUUCGAAGAAGAAGACGACCAGGAUGCUAGACGUCAGCAACGCGCUCGUAUGGAGGCGGCGCGGCGCAAGAGUCUUUUCCACAAACCUGCUGUUGCAAGCCCGCUUGCACGAUGA